CAGUCUAACUGUAACCGGCUGCGUCGACGUGAAGAGAAACAGGAAAAGGCGAACAGGUGUGCAGCCGUUUGAGGAGCGCUUCCUGUGAAGCGAUGCAGCCAAAAGCAAGCGCGACCCUGAAGCCGUGCCGCUCACAGGAAGGACGUCCCCUCAUCAGUUAGUGAGUUUUAAGCAUCGGUGCAUGCAGCAAAAUGGACCGUGCUCGCUGGCACUGAAGGCGUCUCGCAGAUGAGCGGCAGAAAGGAUAUGACCCGAGCUGUGGUCGGGCCUUCACACAUCUGUGUGCUUCCUGUUUCCCUGCGCUCCUUGUACCUCUGACUGUCGCCUCUGCCCCUCUCCGCUGUAACAGCAGAUCUGUUCUGUGUUCUGCAAUAAAUUGCAAGCAUGCAUUGUUCUCUGUUCUCUCUGUCUCCGAUUAGCUCACGUUCCAGUUAAUUACCAAGAAAAGUAGACGAAGACAUCAAGUUAAGGCAGACGUUCACAGCUCCUGUGUGUGUGAUUGCAGCGAGUCCCACGUGAGGCGUCGGACCGAACUCGCAGCACGUCUCUGAGGGGGUCACAGAUUCGUUGCCAUGUUUGAAUGAUCAAAGUAGCAUGGCCCAGGCCCGGCUGAAGUCCCGCCCGGCCCGUUCCAGCCCGCCCAGCGUCGCCGCCGCUCCCCGCCCGCUCGCUCCCAGCGCAGCUCGCUGAGCGCCGCCGCCGCGUGGACCGACAUGCUGUCCGGUACGUGGCGCCGCUCCGUGGGCCCCCAGCAGCCGGCGGCGCCGCCCAUGGGGAGCGCCGGGGGGCUGACGGUGUGCGGGGUCCCCAGCGGCACGGUGGUGCUGGAGGCCCAGUACGACUACAACUACCGCGGCGCCGACGGGCGCCAGGUCUGCAUACGGGAGGGCGAGCGCUUCGUCCUCCUGAAGAAGACCAACGUCGACUGGUGGCAGGUGCGGAGAAUCGGGGCAGCCAGUAAAGCCAAGCCGCUGUACGUGCCUGCCACGUACGUGACGGAGGUGCCCAUCGCGCCCAUGCCCUCGCCGCAGCGCCUGGUGCUGUCGGCCUCGCUCAACUCCAACCUCAGGACACUGCCCAGGGUGGCGCUCACGCCCAGUCCCACCAAGAGCGCCUGCGGCCACCAGCACCCAGUGAACAGACCCGUGUACCACUCCAUGGAAAACCUCAACUACAGAAGUGCCUUCCAGGACAGCACCAGCACCAGCACCAGCUCCAGCUCCAGCGGAGGCCGCUUCACCACCCUGCCCUUUUCUAGAGUCACCUUCACCGCCAGCUCUCCCACCUCCCCGUCGGGGCACCUGAUGGCCCCGGGGCCCCCCGCGGGCCCGGCGCCGCCCGCCAACCUCAGGGUGGUGCCCACCAUCACGCGGAGCCAGAGCUCCAGCAACCUGCCUGAAAACCCGACGGAGAACCUGUACGACGAGGUGGGCGGCGGCCACGGCAUCCACAGGGUCCCCAGAAAGUCCUGCAGCCAGUGGGAUGUGGUUGGGACCUCUGGCAAAAAGCACCACCUGGAGGUCCCGGCGGAGUCCUACCUGUCACAGCUGUCCUGGCAGAACUCACCUGUUUACACUGAAAUGCAGCCGGGGAAACGUCUCUCCCAGGCAGACAAGCGUCUGUCACAGUCGGAGCCACCCUGCCCGGGCCCGGGUCAGCAGCCGGUCCAGGUCACGGGCCUGUGGGAGCGGUACUCCGAUCCGGCCACGGGCAGAAGCUACUACGUCCACACCGUCAGCAGGGAGAGGUCCUGGAAACCUCCUCGCCGGGCUCGCGGACCCACCACCAGCGAGGCCGGUCCAGCGCAGCCUCACGCGUCGCCCGGGGAAACCAGUCACAUGUCGCUGCCGCUCGCUGGAGCUGGAAACGGAUCGCACAAGCUGUCACCUGAUUUCCUGUUCGGGAGCCACCAGAGGAACGCUGACGGCGGCUGGCAGAUGAAAGAGAGCAUGCAGCAUGAGGCCUCCUCCGACGCCUUCAGCGUGACGCCGUACGGCGGCCUGCAGCUCAGCCACUCGCAAUCCAUGAUCCUGCCCGAGAACGGCAAGCUGUUCCAGCCGUGCAGCGACUACUCCCGCGGCGUGGCCGACAUCGUUGUGGAGCCGCCGUCGCCCCAGAGCUCUCCGGACAGCGACGGCUGCACGCCGUGUGACCCACCAGGGGACCGCAGCGGAAAGUUUGCUUUAAACUCUGAUACAGCACAUCAAAUGGAGCUGGAAAAAGCGGGGCUGCUCAACAAGACGAAGAUUGCAGAAGGAGGCCGGAAACUGAGGAAAAACUGGAGUCUGUCCUGGGUGGUGUUGGUCGGAAACAGUCUAGUUUUCUUCAAAGAUCCUAAGUCUCAGACUCCUUCCAACUGGAAACCAGGAAACAGUCGACCCGAGAGCAGCGUGGACUUGAGAGGAGCGCAGCUGCACUGGGCCAACGAGCUGUCGAGCAAGAAGAACGUCUUCAAGCUGAGGACGGUGACAGGCAACGAGUUCCUGCUGCAGUCGGAGACAGACUCCCUGAUCAAAGAGUGGUACAAAACCAUCCAGCACGUCAUUGAAAAGCUGGACCGUGAGAACCCCCUGGACAACGUCCUGCUGUACUCGCUGAGGAGAGCGGGCAGCGUGGAGAUGCUGGACCACAGCGGCGACGAGGACGAGAGGAGGAAGUCCCUCCCCCGCUCGUCCUCCAACCUGGAGAACACGGAGAGGAAGAGGGUGAAGACGCGGCUGAAGAAGCUGAUCCUGAAGAGGCCGCCGCUGCAGGCGCUGCAGGAGAAAGGCCUCAUUAAAGAUCAGGUUUUCGGCUGUCGUCUGGAGAUGCUGUGCGAGCGAGAGAGGAGCACCGUCCCCCGCUUCGUCAGGCUGUGCACCGAGGCCGUGGAGCGCAGAGGACUGGACACCGACGGCAUCUACAGAGUGUCGGGAAACCUGGCGGUGAUCCAGAAACUGCGCUUCCUGGUGAAUCACGAGCGAGCUGUGACCACCGACGGCCGCUACAUGUUCCCGGCGGAGCUGGUGCAAGAGGAGAAGCUGAACUUGGACAGCAGCGAGUGGGAGGACAUUCACGUCAUCACGGGAGCUUUGAAACUCUUCUUUCGUGAGCUGCCCGAGCCUCUGGUGCCCUACGGCUUCUUCACAGACAUCGUGGAGACAGUCAAGAUGUCCGACCACAUGGACAAAGUGGACCGUCUGAAGUGUCUGGUGCUCGGCAUGCCGCCCCCGAACCACGACACGCUGCAGUUCAUGUGCCAGCAUCUCAAACGGGUGUUGCAACAUAAAGACGCCAACCGAAUGAGCACACAGAACAUUGGCAUCGUGUUCGGGCCGACCCUGAUGCGCCCGGAGAAGGAAAACGGCAACAUUGCAGUGAACAUGGUUUACCAGAACCAGGCGGUGGAGCUCAUACUCAGCGAAUACGACCACAUCUUCGGGACCAGAGGCACCUCCUGACUCGUCCGUCGGAUCGCGGGGCGGCACGGGUCAGAGCGCACCUCAGAGUCAGACAAAAGCCCAAGUAGUGCAGCGCUUGUCCCCGUUGACUCAUGUGGUGUAAAAUAGAUUUCACAUCAAAAGAUAAUUAUAGUGUAAAAGAGAACCCGGACAGAAAGCUGCUAAUCAAGACAUCUGGCCUCCAUAUAAAGCCAUGUUAAAACAAUAAUAAUAAAACAAGCCAAUUUUAGCUGCAAUACUUGUGCCUUUGGCUGCAGAUGUGGAGCCCGGCCCCGGUGUUCUCCACAGAUGUCAGAGUCAGACUUGAUCGGGAUGAAGCCAUAAAGAACCAUAAAUGGUCCCCAGUCCAACCAGCCGAGUAUUUAUCACCUAUUUAUUGAGGAACGUGAGGAAGGACCUGUCUUAAACUAGCACUGAUGCGAAGCUCUGCAGAACCAUCCCACUGUGAAAGCAGAACCCGGCUGCAGCGUCGGCGUGGAUGCACUGGACAUGAUGCAAAGGAGCGAGAGGCCGCGUGAAUGUGUCUCCACCGGAGUCGGGCCGAGGGUUCGGGUGCUUAUUUAGGCGAGCGCCUCAGAACGCCAUGAAUGUGCCGACCGCGCAGCAGAUGUUCCCUUGUUCCCGACUGUAGCGUCGCGUGUGAACCUGUCGUCUGCAACUAAGUUAAUGUCCACCUGUAAAUAUGUGAAAUACUGCCUUUAUCAGCUAGUAGCACUUUGCAUACAGUCUGCAACGUACCCAUUACACACGAACCCAAUUCAAACUGAUACUUUUCCUGCAUAUGAGCAGCGUGUUGUUAAAAUACUUCCUUGGACCUGAUUGUUGACCCUCCUGCAAUAAAAAAAGGUGAACAAAC